AUGGAUUACUCCUACCUGAACUCCUAUGACUCCUGCAUGGCGGCCAUGGAAGCGUCGGCCUACGCAGACUUCAGCUCCUGCAGCCAGGCCAGCUCCUUCCAGUACAACCCGAUCCGGAGCGGACCCUUCUCCAACCCGGCCUGCACCCCUCUAAGCACGGCCAGCUGCACCCUGGGAGCGCUGCGCGAGCACCAGCCCACCCCUUACUCCUCAGUCCCAUACAAAUUCUUCUCGGACCCCUCUGGCCUGAACGAGAAGAGGAAGCAGCGGCGCAUCCGGACCACCUUCACCAGCUCCCAGCUGAAGGAGCUGGAGCGGGUCUUCGCGGAGACACAUUACCCAGACAUCUACACCCGAGAGGAGCUGGCACUGAAAAUAGAUCUGACGGAGGCCCGAGUACAGGUGAGAGGAACAGGGUUCAUUUAUGUGUGGUUUCAGAACAGGCGCGCCAAGUUUCGUAAGCAGGAGCGUGCAGCCAACGCCAAAGCCAACAAUUCUGGUGGCACAGCGGGAAGCACCAGCAGCUCCAGUUCCGGAGGCAAGAAGGGCGGAGAGCAGAGAUCUUCAUCGGAUGACGACGAGUCCAAAGAAUCCACCUGCAGCCCCACACCUGACAGCACGGCCUCCCUGCCGGGCUCGGCCAACGGGAACUUGGGCAGCCCUGCCAGCCUGAGCCCCAGCCCUGCUCCGACCAACAGCGGCUACGUCAACACCUCCAGCUCUCCGGUUCUGCAGGGGCUGAAGCCACCCAGCUGGUCCAGUCUGGGGCCGUCCAACCCGGCCGUGGCCCAGCCUGCCGCCCAGACUCAGGAGAUUCUGAAGGCCUGGCAGCCGGCGGACAGUAUGACCGGGCCCUUUGCCGGAGUCCUGUCCUCCUUCCACAGAAAACCCAACCCCGGCAUCAAGACGAACCUGUUCUGA